GGGAAGCAGCGAGCGGGACGGAGCCCGCGGCAUCCAGCGGCAAAGGAGCGCUCCGGAGCCGCGGCUUCCUGGAAGCGGAGCCCGGCUGGGCGGCGAUAAGCGACGAUAAGCGGCGAUAAGCGGCGACUGUCGGGGCCCUCCCGAGCGCCCGGACCCGCCGCGACAGCCGCCACGGCAGCGGAGCCGAGCCGCGCUGCGCGCCCGCCGGGCUGAGCGCAGGUGGGCACAGGAGGCAGCCCUCAGUGCCUGGGAGCCAUGUCGGUGAAGCUCACGUUUGUGUCCCCUGGGGACGGGGGUGGCAUCAGCAGGAGCUGCUCCUUCACUGGGUUCAGCACGGUGCAGAGCAGGAAACUGGGCAAGUCCCUCAGCAGAAGCUCAGUGAGAUCAAGGAUGUCACUGAAACCCCCCAAGGCCUAUAAUUCCCUGCAGAAGGGGGCUCUCAUCUGGGAUCCAAAGCCACUGCAGGUGAAGAAAAUUUUUGAAGCUUUGAAGAAAGGACUUAAUGAGUACCUGCAGGCACACCAGGCUGAGCUGGAUUAUCUCUCUGGUCGCCACAGAGAUACCAAGAGGAACUCUAGAUUGGCUUUCUACUAUGACCUGGAUAAGCAAAUCCGCUCUGUGGAGAGGUACAUCAGGAAACUGGAGUUUCACAUCAGCAAGGUAGAAGAGCUCUAUGAGGCUUAUUGCAUCCAGUGCAGGCUGAGGGAUGGGGCCACCAACAUGAAACAAGCCUUCUCCCUGUCCCCUUCCACCAAAGCCUCCAGGGAGAGCCUGCUGGAGCUCUACAGGAACGUCCAGGAGUGCACAGAGGACAUGUGCUUCAUAGAGGGGGCUCUGGAGGUCCACUUGGGAGAGUUCCACGUGAAGAUGAAGGGGCUGGUGGGCUUUGCUCGUCUCUGCCCAGGAGACCAGUAUGAGGUCUUUGUGCGCCUGGGGCGCCAGAAAUGGAGGCUGAGAGGCAAAAUUGAGACUGAUGACAGCCAAACGUGGGAGGAGGAGGAGAAGAUUUUUAUACCCAAUCUGCACGAGAAGUUUGAAAUCAAGGUGACAGAGCUGCGGGGCCUGGCCACCAUCCUGGUGGGGGUGGUCACCUGUGACAGCAUCAACUUCUUCACCACCAAGCCCCAGGCCAUCGUGGUGGACAUCACUGAGCUGGGCACCAUCAAGCUGAGGCUGGAGGUCCUCUGGAACCCCUUUGACACUGAGAACCUGUUCCUGUCACCUGGAAGCACUGCCAAGUUCUCUGUGGGCAGCAGGAAAAGCUCUUUGUACAACUGGACGCCCCCAAACACGCCCAGCUUCAGGGAGAGGUAUUACCUGUCUGUUCUGCAGCACAGGCAGAGCCCGGGCCAGGCAGGGGAGCCGGCUCAGCCUCCCAGCAUCCUGAGCUACCUGGCCGCCUGCGAUUUCGAUGUCCCUGCGAGGAGCAAACCCCAGAACCCCGCGGAGACGAGCGAGGGAGACUCGUUCAGCUCCGAGGAUCAGAAGGGGGCGGAAUCCCGGAGCGCGACCCCGGCGCUGGAGCAGCGGGCGAUCGGCCGGGAGAGCGGGCCGGGGGAGCUGCGGCAUCCCGCCCCGGCUCACAGCACUCUGGACAUCCUGAAGAAAACCCCCUGUGCGGAGGGGUUCCCCAGCAGCCCCCCCAGCUUUCCCGGCCACCGGGGCAGCAGCGGCUCCUUCAGCCGGGCCCGGAGCCGCCGCCUGGCAGAGCAGGAGAGCAUCAGCCAGAGGAGCUGGAACGCUGCGCAGGACCUCCGAGCAGAGGGGCGAGCAAAGCCCAUGGACAGGACCCUGCAGGAGGUGUUCCACCUGCUGAGACCGCGGGGCGAGGGGCAAGCCCAGCUGGAGAGGCUGGAGUGCCGGGUGUCCGCCCUGAGGGACAAACUGAAGCUAAAGACACUCCACAAGCAUUCCUCUGUGGAGAGUUUGAUGGUGGAGACAGUGCUGGAGAGUUUUGAUUUCCUGAACGCUGACUGCAGUGCUGACGAGCUGUCCCUGUUUGGGAGUGUGAGGACAGGCAGUGUCAGCACGUACAAUGACAAUGUGCUGCAGUCCCUGAGCUGUGACACCAGAGCAGAAGCACGAGACGUAACCACUGGGGAUGACAACCUGGACGUGCUGUUGAUAACACACCUGAGGCUGUGCAAAGGUCUCAUGCAGAAACUGAGGACCCCAAAUGUAGCCCAGGUGGUCCAGGAGAGCAUUUUGGAAGAAGUGUCAGAGCAGACACGAGUCCUGGGGGAUGUCCUGGAUCUGUCUGUUGAGAAAAUUAUUCAGAAGGCUAAAAAGAAGAAGCAGUAUCUGAAAAUCUGGAGUGAUCUUGCAGAGCCUGGCAGCAGCAUCCUGGUGACCUCAGCAGAAAGGUUCUGCCAUGCACUGAAAUACACCAUGAUGCUCAAAGUGAAGGAGAAGUACCCCAGCCACCUGGAGACAGUGCUGCAGAGGCUGCUGGAGCAGAUCCUCACCUGUGAUGGGCUGCUCCCCUGCUCACGUUUCCAGACAGAACCGGUGACUUUAUUCCAGUUUUAUCGGUACCUGGAGAGGCACCACAUUGGCAGCCUGGAGAAGCACCUGGCCAAGCUGGCUAAGGAAGUGAUGCUGAUCGAGGAGCUGCAGUGCCCCGGGAGGCUGAAGACGCUGAAGAGGCUGAAGGGGAAGAGGCUGAGCCGGGGGGGGAGCGGCUGCGGCACCCUGCGGGCACGGGCUGUGCUGUUUUACACUGAUGCUCUGUCUGACUGUGACGCCGGGCUGCAGCAGGCUGCGUGCCUGGCUCUGAAGAACCUCAGGGCUGUGGAGAGCAUUGAGCAGGUUGCCCACCUGUGCCAGUCUGAAACAGAGGAAGUCAGGAAUGCAGCCAGGGAAACCACACUGUCCUUUGGGGAACGAGGCCGACAAGCCUUUGAGAAGAUGGACAGGAUCUGCUGUGAGCUGAGGGAAACAGCUCAGGAGGCUGAGAUUGAAAUCACAGUGUUUUAGCAGUGGCUGGGAGGAGCUGGAUCCCCACAGCCACACGGAUACCUGGGGGUUUGGUUUUGUCUGGUUUCCUUCUGUUCUGUCCCUGCUGCCUCCUGCCCCAGGACAGGUUUAUCUCCAAAGGGGACUGUCUGUGAUCUCCAUGGUGCAGCCUGGAAUGUGUUUUCUGUCUCUCAGCACAUGAGGAAGUACCAAGUGCUGGAUAAAUGAAAACUGGGAUCUCUGAGAAUGUGCAUCCAGGUCUUAACUGAAGUUUAAAUCCCCAUCUUGCUGGAAUGAGCUGCCCCUGCUCCAACUCUGUCCAGUAUGAUCUAUUAUCCCAGGAACUGAUUUAUUAAUUUGGCAUUCUCCAAGGAGAGAAAUGAUCACUCUCCCAGUCCAUCAACUGCCCUGUUAGAACAAAUCCAACACCUUUGUUUGGUGGUUUCCUUUGUCUGGGCAAUUUAUCUGCAGAAGGAAAACCUGCUGCUCCCAAAGUCACUUUGUUUAAGAUUGCUGCAGCUCAGGCCAGGCCCAGCAGGGCUCUGUCAGAGGUGUGUGAGCAGCAGGGCUCAGGGGCUCUGCCUUGUGCAGCUCUGACUGAGGAAGGGACAGGUUUGUUUUUUCAAAAUUCUGACUUCAGUCACAGACCAAGACUUCUCCUCCUGCUCCAGCCCUGGUGGGGCUCAUCCCCAGCCCUGGCUGGCAGGGUGCCCACGGGGAGCAAUACUUGAAAGGGUUGGGCU